AUGUUUAAGGACAGCCCAACAGACUGCCUCCAAACAUCUGAACGUAGGACGGUAUGGCCUAACGACAGUAGGACAGCCCAACAGACUGCCUCCAAACAUCUGAACGUAGGACGGUAUGGCCUAACGACAGUAGGGAUACGCGUGACUGUGAACCCUGCCAGAGAGUUCAAAGAGCUACGAGGAUACGGAUUAACCUUAUUUUUUUACGUUAUACUCGAAAGAUCCGCG